UGUGUGCACACUGUCAUUACUUUUAAGAAAAAUCAUCGGAUUCGUGUUUUAUUUAUUAAAUUCAUCAAUAACAUGACUGCGUCCGUAGAAUUAAGCUCUUAUCGUGAUCAGCAUUUUAAGGGCUCACGUUCGGAGCAGGAACGCUCUUUGCGUGACUCGACCACACUUUAUGUCGGCAAUUUAUCAUUUUACACAACAGAGGAGCAGAUACACGAGCUCUUCUCCCGCUGUGGCGAUGUGCGCCUUAUUGUGAUGGGCCUGGACAAGUACAAGAAGACACCUUGUGGCUUUUGUUUCGUUGAAUACUACACCCGACCAGAGGCGGAAGCCGCCAUGAGAUUUGUAAACGGAACACGAUUGGACGACCGACUGAUUCGCGUGGACUGGGAUGCCGGCUUCAUUGAAGGCCGCCAAUAUGGACGCGGCAAAACCGGCGGACAAGUGCGCGACGAAUAUAGAACAGAUUAUGAUGCCGGUCGAGGCGGAUACGGCAAACUUCUCUCUCAGAAGAUUGUGCCCAAUACGGAUACCCGCUAAAGUUAAUGUAAACAGAUCAGCCCCCCACUAGAUAUUAAAGCAAGCAUUACACAUAGUUUUUUCUAAUCGCAUAUUGUGUAUUUUCUACAUAGUUCUGUUCCAAUAUAAGUAUAAUUGAAAUU